GGCCUAUUCUGAUACUGACUGGGCUGGUUGUCUUGAUAGCUCUCGCUCCACCACUGGAUUUGCUGUUUUUUUAGGACCGAAUCUUGUUUCAUGGAAGUCUAAAAAGCAGUCCACUGUCCAGGACACCAUACACGUUCGGUCUGUUCUCUUUGAGCUUGGGUUUCCUGUUCGCGAGCCAGUUCAGCUAUUUUGUGAUAAUAUCUCCGCCUCCUAUUUGACUGCUAACCCCGUUCAGCAUGCUCGGAGCAAACACAUACAGAUUGAUUAUCAUUUUGUUCGAGAGAGAGUUGCCCAUGGAGAUUUAGUAGUUAAAUAUGUUCCUACUCAUCUUCAACUCGCUGAUAUUUUUACUAAGAGUUUGUCUAGUCAACAAUUUCAUUUUUUAAAAGACAACAUGCGCGUUGUAUCUCUCGCACAGUUUGAGGGGGUGUAAUAGUUUAUCUAAAUUAGAAAUUCUGUUGUAUUUUGGAAACUCUCUUGAUUAUAUAUACCCUAGUUUAUCUCCCUAGGGUAACCUGUUUCAAUUAUUCACAAUAAUACCCUACAUGGGUUACUUAUGGGCUCUGGCCUUCGUUUAGGACCAAUUUAAAUUAUUCUAGGUUUACUACAAGUUCACUCCACCAUGAGAAAAUUUUAGGUUGUGUAAAAGUUCACAAAUCACAAUGGAAGAACUUAGAUUAAAAAGCUCUCUGAGAAAUCCAUGCUUAGUUAAAUAUUAGAUGGUGAAAUGCUAAACAAUUUUGAUAUAUUGACCUAAUUUUACAAUCAAUUAUCUCCGACUACAUUGGACUAGGCUUAUCCACUAAAGAUUCAUUCAAUCCAUGAUUAAUUGAAAAUAUUCAAAAACUAGUGAUUAGAACUUUAAUCACUAUAAUACCUCAAAAAAAAAACUUUAAUAUGAACAAUCACAAAAUUGGUUGAGUUGCUUGAGUAUCAUAUAUACUGAUUAUACUCUCAUAUGUCAUACCCAUAUUACUAUCAGCAUGAACAAAUAGUCGAAUAUGUUUUGUGUUAGGUGAAAAGAAGUAAAGAACCUGGUGCUAAAUGAUGUGUAGUUAGACUAAUCCUGUGUGCAUCCAUCGAAUGUGGUUUAAAAACUCUUAUACAGGGGAGUAUACAGUUAUACUGAUACACCGAUGGAUUGGAAGACGAGAUAAACUAAACAGAAAUGUUUAAACUGUUGCAUUUUUCUCUGUCAGAUUAUCGAUUAUAUUAACUUUAAUAAUUGACUAACACGUAGUACUAUAUACUCCAUCCGUCCCAAUUUGAUUUGCAAAAUUUCCUUUUUCGGUUGUCCCAAAAUAGUUUUUCACUUUCUAUUUUAGGUAUGUAAAUAACAAUACGGUGACAAAUUUACCCUUACUUUUACUUUUUCCCCAUUAACUUAAAAACAUCUACUUUUAGAAAAAUGAACAAAAACGUAAAAAACAAGCAUCAUUUAUUGUCAUUUCUUAAUCCUUACGUCGGCCAAAGUGUGCAAUUCGAUUCGGGACGGAGGGAGUACAUUUUCUCACACCAAACAUAUUUUGACGCAACCCACUUCAUGAUAGUGAACCACCAAAUUGCCAAAAACAGUCCAUAGAUCCAACUUCUUUGUUGCAUAUCGUCGAUCAAGUGGGGGGCAGCUCAAGGAAGAAGCUUAAGCCACUACAGCAGCGUGGAUUUGUGUAGUUUUUAAUUUUUAUGCAGAAGAACCUUGGAGAGAAGGGAGAAGAUCCAGAGAGUUGAAAGAGAGGGCUGAGAUUUCAAGAGCAGAGUUCAUAAACUGUAAAGUACGGAGUACUCCGUAAUAGGCAGUAGAAGAUAAUUGGAAAAGUUCCCACACCGAAAACGUUAGGAAUACUCAUAGCCGUA